UUGUGCAUUUCAAUCGAGGAGUUGUCUACUCCAAACUUCACCAACUCAGUAUCGCAAGAGACUGAUACAAAUGUCCAAUCGAUCUGGUCAAGGUAGGCAAGACAACAAUAACAAGGGUUUCCCAAAACCCCACAAAAAAUUCGUCCCUAAAAAUCCCAAUCAAACCCCAACCCUCUCUACCUCUCUUAGAGAAAGACAACAAUCUGCUUCUGCUUCUGUUAGCACUACCAACAGAGGCUAUGGAAAUUUCGUUAAAUACUUGCCACAAGACGAGGCUGUGGCUGCUGGUCUCGGCGCCGAGGAUGGAGGAUUGGAUCCUCUUGAAUCUCAGACAGUUGUCGAUCUCUUGAAUUCACACUUAUCUCGCCUCCUCAAACUCAAACCCAAGGAAUUCUGGAAACAAGUGGCCACUGAUACCUCUCUGCAUGAAUUUCUGGAUAGCUUCUUACAGUUUAGGAGCAGGUGGUAUGAUUUCCCUCAUCGUGGGGUUAAAGGGAUUGUUGCAGGUGUUAUUGUUGGAGAGCGCGAUUUGAGUCGCCGCGUUUUCAUGCUGUUGUAUCGCAUGUCUUCCAAUAAAGACCCUGGUGCUCGGCCUGCCGAUACACUCAGUUUGAGAGACCAUGGAGACUGUCCGAUGCAUGCACGUGUGGGCUUCAUAUGUCCAUCUUUGUACACACAGGCAUUGGACGUUCAUCGGAACUAAGUUUUUCUACAUGUUCUGUAACGUUAUGGAUAUUUCUUUUGCAGGAGAAGAAGUUGCUUGAAUUGCCAAAAUUGUUAGACAUAUGUGCCAUAUACUAUCAUGAAAAUGAAGAACUAACAAGAUCACUGGUUGGAAAUUCUUUGGAUGCUCAGCCUUGGAUCCAUAAUAGUCUGACUUCAGUAAUAUCCCAUUUUCUAGGAAUUGUCAACACAAUGCAUGAACGUUGUAGUUCAUCAUUGGAGGUUUUAUUUUCUUCUGGAAAUCCCGAUAAUCAUAGUGCUGCUUUUCUUCAAGCUGAUCUGCUGGAGGUGAUGGACUUCAUAAAUGAUGCAAUUGUAUCGAUGGAUGCUUUUGUUAGUGCAUACAAACCAGCAGCUAUUUUCUUCUCUUGUCCAGUUGAAAUGAGUUAUGGGAAUGAAGAACUGCUGAGCCUCCUUGCCAGAUUAUAUGAUUCACUAAUUCCAUCCUUGCAUAAGGGAUUCUGUGUCAUUCUUGCUGACAAACAAGAUGGAACAGUGUCUAAUAUCUUAGUAAGUUUGAAGAUGUUAAGAAUGAGAUUGGUGAAGUUAGGAUGGCAAUUAUUGCACUUGUGCUAUCUAAGUGAUGAAGUGUUCAAAGAUGGGAUCCCUUUUCCAGCUGCCACAAAAAUGUUUCCUGCCAAUGUAGAGGACCCCGUCAUCAGAGCAGAUAUUCUGGUUCAAACAUUUAGAGAGAUCGAUUCAAUAUCAUUACAUAUUCUGGAAAGGCAUCAGAAGGAAACAUUUCUUCAAGCUGUUGAAAGAAAUUUCAAUAUACUAAGCAAGAUUGAAAGAUUAAAGCAUAAUGGAUGGGUAUUUGUUGAUGAGGAGCAGUUUCAAUAUAUAAAUGGGAUUUUGUGUUCUCCACAAGAGAUUUAUAAGGUGCCAUAUUCUGCAAUAACCCCUGUGCCGAACAAAACAUUGCAGAUGGAUGAAGAUGCUGCAAUUUCUGAGUCAAAAAUCAGUCAAAUUAGGGACCUGUUCCCUGAUUAUGGUAAAGGGUUUUUAGCUGCGUGUCUUGAUGUUUAUGAUCAGAAUCCUGAAGAGGUUAUUCAAAGAAUUUUAGAGGGAACCCUUCAUGAAGAUCUGCAGCGCCUGGACACUUCACUAGAGACAGUGCCACUAGCCAAGUCUACCUCUGUGGGGAGGAAUGACAAAGGAAAAGGCAAAUUAAUUGAUUCUACAUCACCAUCCUCAAAUACAGAAGUUGUUAUUGGUAAGCAACAGACAGAGGGACCGCCUAUGUCAUCCUCUGCUUCACUAGGAAAAUUUGUGAGGAAAACUAAAGCUGAUUUGCCGGAUCUCAGUAUUCUGGAUAAGAAGGGCGAGAAAGAUAUAUCAAAAACUGCUUUGCUUUUACAAUAUGAAUAUGAAGAUGAGUAUGAUGACUCAUUUGAUGACUUGGGUCUAAGCGUAGCAGACUCUGGAGUAGAAGAAAAUGAGAUAUUGCGUGAUGAAAUAAAUGCAAAGUUUGGGAGUUCGUGGGCAACUGAGGCUGGAAACUCGGGCCAAAAUGCCCAUGCCACUAAUUCAAAAUGGGGUUCAAGGAAAAAGCCACAGUACUAUGUCAAGGAUGGUAAGAAUUACAGCUACAAAGUGACUGGUGCAAUUGCAGUGGCAAACUCUGAUGAAGCUUCCCUAAUUACUCAAGCUCAGAAAGAAUUAAUACAUGGCCUGGGACGUGGUGGCAACCUUCCUCUCGGUGCGGUAAAGAAGUUGACAGAUUCCUACAACGAGGAUGAUAACCAAUUCCAGGUUACUGAAACAGAAGGGAGAGGAAUUUCGGGUAAUUCUAGAGGCAGGGGAAGGAAGGAAUGGGGUAAACAAAUUUCACCUCAGCAGCAGCAGCAGGAGAAACAAUCUGAUGAUGCUGAGGGGGGUGGGAAGGAGCAUAUCUCAAAUCAUAGGGGAAGAGGGAGAGGGAGAGGGAGGGGAGGAGGCAGAAAUUAUUACCAGAAGGACCGAGCCAUGAAGAAGCAUUUCUCUGGACUCGGUGGUUAUUAAGCACAUGCAAAUCAACACACAUAUCUCACUUGCCAAUAUACCACCCUUCGGCAUCUGUUCAGUGACCAUUUUUGACUUGUGUCUACAAAUGAAACAUAAUAUUCUGCAGGGUUAAAGUUUAAUGAGGUGCGUGGUGAUAGUGCAUAACCUCUCGUCUAUUGGCAUUUCUCCGCUCCUUUUGGAAACAUGGUUCAUCCAACUGACCGAUUACAAUCUACUAUGGAUGAGCAGAGACUUUCAUGUGUGUUUUUUCCUUUUUCUUUCGGUCCUCGUGGGUUAGGAGGAUUAAACUGAUAUAUCCAUACAUAGUAUUUAUCGAAUGCCCAAUCAGCCCUCUUCAUACCAACAUUCUCUACAGUAUCAAGAAUAGGAUAAUGUCUGUAAAGGUUAUUUCAUUCCGGAAGUGAAUUUUGUUUUGAAGGAUUUGGAUGUAUGUUACCUUACAUAUUUGCUUUAAUGCAGGGCGUAUGAAUAAUUUAUACAGCUACAUAUAAGUU